UUGAUAGGAUACAACUUAAAGUUAUUCAAAAAAUAAAACAUAACCUCAACUUUUUUACUCCACUAACUGUCUAUGUUACAAAAGUUUCAUAGCCACUACGUAUUAAAUGAUGAUACAUCAUUAUUAGGACGUAAAUCAACCUGUUUCAUAUAAUCAGUAUUAUUUAAUUGCUUUACGAACAAUGCCAUUACCUCAGGAAAACACAUCUGAGCACUGCCAUGCUUCUUCAAUUAUUGUAAUUCAUCCAGGAUCAUUAAACUUAAGAAUUGGACGUGCGUCUGAUUUACAUCCUUUAGUAACUCUUCAUUCGAUAGCCAGGCGUUGUUACCCAAAUGGGCAACGAUAUCAAGAUUCAUUUUUGCCUCAAAGAAGCGAUACGUACUCAACUCCAGAAUUGGAAGAAACUCGUUUAUCCGUAUCUCAUACUUUACAGUCUUGCUUACAAUCGGAUGGUCGGCGAAGGUAUGCGACACCACCCCAACAAAUAGCAGCGUUUAAUCGCCGCACAACGCCGCAAAUUUUAGGGGCAAGUGGGGGAGAUUGGUUAAUACCUGAUGGCGACGUGGUAAUCGGGAAUGAUGUGUUAAGAUUACCACCGAAAUCCGAUUUUAAUAUUCAUUUUCCAUUUCGGAGGGGCGAUUUUAAUGUACAUUCGGGUUUAGGAGGAUCAAUAACAUCGAUUUUAGCCGAUUUAGAAACGAUUUGGUUACAUAUUUUAGAAACAAAUUUUAAUAUUCCUCAACAAAACUUAAAAAUGUAUAAAGCAGUGUUGAUCAUACCAGAUAUUUAUAAUAGGACGUAUUUAAAAGAGUUAACGACGUUGUUACUUAAUCGAAUGGAAUUUGGAAGCUGCUUUUUGGUACAAGACCACGUUGCUGCUACAUUUGGUUCUGGAUUAAGUUAUGCAUGCGUUGUCGAUGUAGGCGACCAAAAAACAUCGGUUUCUUGCGUUGAAGAUGGGAUAUGCCACUCAAACACCCGAGUUAGAAUGGAUUAUGGAGGAGCAGAUAUAACUCAAACGUUUUUUUGGCUACUACAAAAAUGCGCGUUUCCAUACAAAUCUUGUAGCGAAUUGAAUCGAUUAGAUGCGAUGUUGUUACGGAAAUUAAAAGAAGAUUUUUGCCACGUUAAUUUGGAUAUUUGUGGGUCGCAAGAAAAAACGUUUUUAGUAAGACAGCCAAACAUGAAUCUUUUGCAGUACACCAUACAAGUUGGGGAUGAAUGUAUUGUUGCUCCUUUAAGCUUAUUUAGUCCAGAACUUUUUGGUAUCACUGGACCGAAAUGUGUACAUACUCAAAAAAGAUCGACGGGUGAUCCUGAGGAUCCCCAUGAUGAAAAUUAUUUAAGAGAAAUUCGACGUAAAGGAAUAAAAGAAAAUAUGGAGCCGACAUCUGAUUUAUUAAACGAAGCUUAUUUCGAACAAACUAACAAUCAAAAUAACACAAACGAUGACGAUAUCGUCGUCGAUACCAUUGAGGUAGCCGUACCAAAGGAAUUUGUGAUAAAUCCAGGACAAAUUUUAGGAUUAGAUCAAGCUGUACUUCAAAGUAUUGAUAGAUGUCCUAACGAAGACUUAAAACGGAAAAUGUACGGCUGUAUUUUAAUCGUUGGGGGUGGUAUGCAGUUUGCUGGUAUUGCUACAUGGUUACAAAACCGAAUUUCAUUACAAAUUCCUUAUGUUUAUCGCGGUGAACAAUUAGACAUAAUUACAAAUCCCCGCGAUAUGGAUUCAUCAAUGGUCGCUUGGAAAGGAGCGUCCAUAAUGUCGUGUUUGGAGACUGCGCAAGAAUUGUGGAUAAAUGGAGCGGAAUGGGAAAAAUACGGGGUUAGAUUGUUGCGCGAACGAGCACCUUUUAGCUGGUAAAUAAAUGUAAACAUAAACGAAAUAAAUGUUUAUUCUCAAAA